AUGGGGCUCUCUGGCUCCACCGCCCUGGUGGCGCUGGUGCACCCCGACAAGGCCGUGUUUGCCAGCCUGGGCGACUGCCUGGCGGUGGUGUGCCGCGGCGGCGUCGCGGUCAAGGCGACGCAGCAGCACAGGGUCUAUGGAAUCGGGCCGGACGUCGUUGAAGAGGUGGCGCGCGUGGAGUCCACUGGGGCUUGGGUGGUUGACGGCCGUGUUUGCGGGGUGCUGGCUGUGUCGCGGGCCUUUGGCGACCCGGAGUUCAAGGGCGAGGGCCUGCCGACGCUGAUGGCAGAGGGCGUCCGCAAGCGCUACUGGUCGGCCGAGUUUGCGGCCGCCGCCAAGUUCAGCUCGGACCCCGUCAUCGUGGAGCCUGACGUCACGGAGAUUAGGUUCACGCCCAAGGAUGAGUUCUUACUCAUGGCCACGGACGGCCUGUGGGACGCGAUGCCUGUGAACGACGCCGUCACGUAUGCCCGCAAGCAGUUCCGCGCCGGCAAGGACGCGCAGCAGGUGGCGGAGGCGAUGACGUCGAUCGCGCUCAAACGAUACACCGCCGACAACGUGGGCGUGGUGGUGGUCGACCUGCGGCGCGACGGCGGCGGCGGCAGCAACAGCAGCAACGGCAGCCACGGCAGCAACGGGGGCGGCAGCGGGACCGGCGGCGGCGGCAGCAACGGCAACGGCAAGAGCAACGGCACGUGGCCGAAGAAGGGGGCGGGCAGGGCGGGGCUGUUUGGCGGACUGUUUGGCGGGCGGUGA